CAGAAUCUCACUCCGUCGCCCAGGCUAGAGUGCAGCAGUGCGAUCUCGGCUCUCUGCAACCCCCGCCCCCUGACUUCAAGCGAUUCUCCUGCCUCAGUCUCUUGAGUAGCUGAGAUUACAGAUGCCCGCCACCACGCCUGGCUAAUUUUUGUAUUUUUAGUAAAGAUGGGGGUUCACCAUAUUGGCCAGGCUGGUCUUGAACUCCUGACCUCAGGUGAUCCACCUGCCUUGGCCUCCCAAAGUGCUGGGAUUAUAGGUGUGAGCCACCAUGCCUGGCCAACACCCCCAUUUUAAAGAUGAGGCAAUUGAGGCACAGAGCACUUCAGUGGAUUGCUGGGGUCCACUCUGCCAAUCCACACCCCUGCAGGUGAGCCAGGGUUAUGGCUGGGGUGUGUUUUGUUUUCUGUAUUUUUCAUGAGCUGCUUUCAUCAGCACACAUGCCCCAAAUGGCUGAUAAAGCCAGACUGGAUAGUUAGCAGGAAAUUGUAAUCAGCUCAGGGAUUUGUAUCUCAUGAGCAAUGGAAAAACAAAAACAAGACAAAACUUCAGCCAAGUAGAGGGAUUAACUUAACCCAGAAGAAGAACUUUCUGGUUGCAAUUGUUGUAAGCUCCUGGAAUACUGCUGGCUUUUCAGAGAUAGAAUAUGGAGUGAUUUCAGUCAAGGAAGUCACCCAGAUCCCACUAGUUUCUAGAGAAUCUUCUCCAGCUCCUGCCCUGGAGUCCCCUAACCUGAGAAGAAGUGUGGAAGGAGGGGAAGAUAAUCAGAAGUGCCACCAGAGUCAAAAUAUCCACUUCAUCUAAGCCCAGCUUCGCAGACCUCUGGCGCCCGGCGGGUUCCCAGUUCCCCCGCUUCUUCCGAGGAGACAGCGGAGGCGAGGCCACCUGGCCGUCAGGCUGAAGCUCCGUGGCCGCCGGGUCCCGCGCGCAAGAGAAGACCCCAGCGCGGGCGCGGCUCAAGGCUGGGCCCGCGGGACUCCGGACGCGCGGCGAAAGCAUUGCGCUCCGGGAGGAGUCCGCUGCUGCUGGCUGCUCAUUUGCUGGUGACCGGAGAGCUGCGCGUUUGCCAGAGUUCCAGCCGACCUCCUGGAGCGCUUGAACCCAAAGCCCCAUUUCACAGAUGAGAAUACCGAGUCCCCCUGGAAGAAGUGACUGGCUCGCGGCCAGCAUGGCCCCCACGCUGCAACAGGCGUACCGGAGGCGCUGGUGGAUGGCUUGCACGGCUGUGCUGGAGAACCUCUUCUUCUCUGCUGUACUCCUGGGCUGGGGUUCCCUGCUGAUCAUGCUGAAGAACGAGGGCUUCUAUUCCAGCAUAUGCCCAGCUGAGAACAGCACCAACACCACCCAGGAUGAGCAGCGCAGGUGGCCGGGCUGUGACCGGCAGGACGAGAUGCUCAACCUGGGCUUCACCAUCGGCUCCUUCGUGCUCAGCGCCACCACCCUGCCACUAGGGAUCCUCAUGGACUGCUUUGGCCCCCGACCCGUGCGGCUGGUUGGCAGUGCCUGCUUUGCUGCGUCCUGCACCCUCAUGGCUCUGGCCUCCCGGGACGUGGAAGUUCUGUCUCCGUUGAUAUUCCUGGCGCUGUCCCUGAAUGGCUUUGGUGGCAUCUGCCUGACGUUCACUUCACUCACGCUGCCCAACAUGUUUGGGAACCUGCGCUCCACGUUAAUGGCCCUCAUGAUUGGCUCUUAUGCCUCUUCUGCCAUCACGUUCCCAGGAAUCAAGCUGAUCUACGAUGCCGGUGUGGCCUUCGUGGUCAUCAUGUUCACCUGGUCUGGCCUGGCCUGCCUUAUCUUUCUGAACUGCGCCCUCAACUGGCCCAUCGAAGCCUUUCCUGCCCCUGAGGAAGUCAAUUACACGAAGAAGAUCAAGCUGAGUGGGCUGGCCCUGGACCACAAGGUGACAGGUGACCGCUUCUACACCCAUGUGACCACUGUGGGCCAGAGGCUCAGCCAGAAGGCCCCCAGCCUGGAGGACAGUUCGGAUGCCUUCAUGUCAUCCCAGGAUGUUCGGGGCACCUCAGAAAACCUUCCUGAGAGGUCUGUCCCCUUCCGCAAGAGCCUCUGCUCCCCCAUUUUCCUGUGGAGCCUCCUCACCAUGGGCAUGACCCAGCUGCGGAUCAUCUUCUACAUGGCUGCCAUGAACAAGAUGCUGGACUACCUUGUGACUGGUGGCCAGGAACAUGAGAUGAAUGAACAGCAACAAAAGGUGGCAGAGACAGUUGGGUUCUACUCCUCCAUCUUCGGGGCCAUGCAGCUGUUGUGCCUUCUUACCUGCCCCCUCAUUGGCUACAUCAUGGACUGGCGGAUCAAGGACUGCGUGGACGCCCCAACUCAGGGCACUGUCCUCGGAGAUGCCAGGGACGGGGUUGCUACCAAAUCCAUCAGACCACGCUACUGCAAGAUUCAAAAGCUCACCAAUGCCAUCAAUGCCUUCACCCUGACCAACCUGCUGCUUGUGGGUUUUGGCAUCACCUGUCUCAUCAACAACUUACACCUCCAGUUUGUGACCUUUGUCCUGCACACCAUUGUUCGAGGUUUCUUCCACUCUGCCUGUGGGAGUCUCUAUGCUGCAGUGUUCCCAUCCAACCACUUUGGGACACUGACAGGCCUGCAGUCCCUCAUCAGUGCUGUGUUCGCCUUGCUUCAGCAGCCACUUUUCAUGGCGAUGGUGGGACCCCUGAAAGGAGAGCCCUUCUGGGUGAAUCUGGGCCUCCUGCUAUUCUCACUCCUGGGAUUCCUGUUGCCUUCCUACCUCUUCUAUUACCGUGCCCGGCUCCAGAAGGAGUACACUGCCAACGGGAUGCGCCCACUGAAGGUGCUUAGCAGCUCUGAGGUGACCGCAUAGACUUCUGAGACCAAGGGACCUGGAUGACAGGCAAUCAAGGCCUGAGCAACCAAAAGGAGUGCCCUAUAUGGCUUUUCUACCUGUAACAUGCACAUAGAGCCAUGGCCGUGGAUUUAUAAAUACCAAGAUAAGUUCUAUUUUUGUAAAGACUGCAAAAAGGAAAAAAAAAAACCUUCAAAAACACCCCCCAAAGCAACGCUCCAUUGACUGAAGACAGUCCCUAUCCUAGAGGGGUUAAGCCUUCUUCCUCCUUGGGUUGGAGGAGACCAGGGUGUGGAGCUGCCUUUUAUCUCCUUCUAGGGGUCUGCCUCCUAGUACCUCUUGGGGGGAUCGGCAAACAGGCUACCCCUAAGGUCCCAUGUGCCAUGAGUGUGCACACAUGCAUGUGUCUGUGUAUGUGUGAACGUGAGAGAGACACAGCCUUCCUUUCAGAAGGAAAGGGGCCUGAGGUACCGGCUGUGUCCUGGGUUAGGGGUUGGGGGUCGGCCCCUUCCAGAGGCAGGAGGGCAGGUUCCCUCUCUGGUGCUGCUUCUUGCAAGUCUUAGAGGAAAUUAAAAGGUAAGUGAGA